GGGUAUUUAAAUAUCAAUUAAAAAUUUGCAUUUGUAAACUUUAAACUUGAUGCAUUGGAAGCGCGACGCAAAUUAAAACGUAGUUGCGCUAAAAAUAAGUUUACGAGGAUUUUAAAUAAAAAUACUACGAUUUAAGUUAUAAUUUGUUUUGAUUCAGCAUGCUUGAAUUAUAAAUUAUUAUUGUUAAUUGAGAUUAGUGUGUUGGAUAUCUUUUUGAAUAAUCUAAACACUUGUGCUCACAUGUGCAAAUUUGAAAAGGCUAAAGGUUAUUGUGAAAUGUUGCCAAGUAGCCACUAGGAUUCGGGGGAUUCGUUAAAAUCAGUACAGUUUAUGUUGGUAAGCAGUGCUGAUAACACCGCAUUCGAAGUUAUCUGCAGUUCAAUAAGAAGUGAACUGGAGUUAUCGAUGUGUGACGACGCGACAAGGAGCUAGUGUUGAUUAAGACGUGCAUUGGUUUCCGUUUCGAAUGGAUUUCAACUUUCACACAUUAUAAUAAUCUGCUGUCGAUGUUUACGGAUCAUGUCGUCAAUUAAAAGCACGCGAAAAAUGUUUCCAUCGACGUUUUGCUCUCUUGUUUUGUGCGCGUUGGUUUUAAAUGGAUGUUGGGCUUUGGACUUAUUGCCGAAUCCAAUAACUGGCGAAAAUGAUGCUUAUAAAACAUUUUCAUUCUGGAAAAUCGACGAUAAAGAUAUUGAUCGCUCGAUAAUCUUCAGCGCCAAAACAAUCGACAACCUAAAACGGUUAGAAGAAAAUAUUCUCAACGCGCAGAUUGCUGCUCACAAGAAAAUAACUGUUUCCAAUGCAGAUGAUGAAGCGAAACAAACAGCGAGGAGUGCUUUGAUUGUGGAAAAAGCAACCACACAACUAAUAAGCCGUUUUUGUUACAAAAACAAAUUAUCUACUGCUAAAUGUGCACAAAUUAUGCAUGAUUACAACGCUACCAACACUGUUGAACCUGGACUUCAUAAAGAAUGCACUGAAUUGUCUCAAGACUGCACAUUUGAACAAUUAAACAACAAAUAUCGCCAACAAAGUGGUGCUUGCAAUCACAAAUACUCGCCAUCUUUGGGUCAGGCACUGACGACUUACAAACGAUUACUUAAUCCGAUUUACACUGAUGGAAUUCACUCAUUUAAGAGAAGUGUGACCAAAAAGUUUGUUUUGCCUUCAGCUCGAGCUGUUAGUGAAAGGAUGAUUCAGAGGGAAAGUGAUAACAUGCCCAGUGGACGGUUUACUGUCGCCUUUGCACAUUGGGGUGAAUUUGUUGAGCAUGAUUUGGCACAGACGGUUUCACAUAAAAUGGUACAUUUUGAUAGCAGUAUUAACUGCUGUACACCUGAUGGUAACAAGUUAGCACCCAGACAUAUACAUCCAUUCUGUAGUGCAAUCGAAGUACCAAAUGAUGAUAAAUUCUAUGGAGAUAAAAAUGUUAAAUGUUUGAGUUAUGUACGUUCUAUGGGUGGACUGCGUGGAGAUUGCAGUUUUGGUCCACUGGAUCAGUUAAAUCAAGCUACACAUUACUUGGAUGGAUCACAAAUCUAUGGUAAUGAUGAGGAACAGACGAAAUCACUACGGAAUGGUAUUCGUGGACAAAUGCGACACUCACAGAAUUUCUUACCGAAGGAGGAACAUUUCAAGGAAAAUGAAAUGAAAUGUCGAGAAGAUAAGAAUUGUUAUGAAGCAGGAGAUUCAAGAGCUAAUUCCCAUCCACAACUCACAGCAUUACACACAAUCUUCCUUCGUGAGCACAAUCGCCUAGCAGAAAAACUCUCUGAACUAAAUCCUCAUUGGAAUGAUGAAAAAUUAUUUGAAGAAGCUCGACGUGUGCUCAUUGCCGAAGUACAACAUAUCACAUAUGACGAAUGGCUACCACUGCUUUUAUCCAAAGACGAUAUGAACAAAAUGGCUGCUAGAGAAUAUCAAGAUGUCGUAAAUCCAGCUGUAAGCAAUAGUUUUGCUACAGCUGCAGUGAGAUUCAUCAAGAGUUUAAUUCCUGAGAAAAUUCAGUUGUUUAAUGAAGACAGGACAUUAAACUCGUCUUUAAAUUUGGGUGAUCAUUUGUACAAAACGCAUAUUAUUGAAGCAAUGGAUUUAAAUCAAUUUUUGCGAGGUUUGACCACACAAAAAUCACGAAAAUUGGAUUUAGCCUACACCAAAGAUUUAGUUGAUUUACAUGGAAGCGAAUUACUAGGCCUCGACGUUAUCAGUUUGGACAUUCAACGAGGCAGAGAUCACGGCCUUCCGGGUUACAACGCGUAUCGCAAAUUGUGUGGUCUUCGAUCAGCGAGAGUGUUUAAUGAUUUACUUGAUAACAUUGCCCCUGAGGAAGUGAAAAAACUAUCACAAGUGUACAACCAUCCAGAUGAUAUCGAUUUAAUCAUCGGAGGACUCGCGGAAACCCCGAAAAAGGAUUCGGUUGUCGGGGAAACUUUCGCUUGUAUCCUGGCUGAUCAAUUCAGGCGGACACGUGAAGGUGAUCGCUACUUUUAUUCGUUCAUCAACUCGCGUAAACCUUGGGAGUUUACAUCGAAACAGAUCGAAGAGAUACAGAAAGUUACUCUGUCCAAAAUCAUAUGUGAUAAUGCUGAUGUAGAGAGUGUACAACCGGAAGCUUUCUUACCCAUAAGCAACAGCAACCAAUUGACAAAGUGCCAUGAUUUGCCAGGUCUUAACUUGAGCCUUUGGAAGGAUUGAAAGACUGAAUUUAUAUUAAUGUGAAUGUAUUUUUAUAAGUGAAACGUGUUUUAAAUGUUUUGAACUAGUUUUAAAAAGCGAACAAAGUAAAAUAGAAGUUAUUCAUAGGAUGUAUGACAUAUAUUGUACAAAUAUGUAUAAAAUAUCAUUGAAUAAGAAAGUUGGUACUAACCUGAAAA